ACCAGAUAGAGGCAGGAGGAGAAGAUCUAUAGACUAUAGCUGAUAUUUAGCGGCACGUACGGACUCCCCGACAAGCGGCUAACAUAUGCAGCGCAUGGCCGCUUCCUCUCGCCAAAAGGCAGCCUCUCCUGUCUUCUUGCUUUUCAGACUGACGUUAGCUGCACGCGAGCGCAUCACGUCUUUUCCUUCCUACAAUCGUCUGAUACCAGGCUUGGAGACCGAGCACGUACGUCUGAAAGGCGGUUCUUUUCACAUAUUCUCAUCCUCCCCGACUCUCGACUCUUUUCCUCGCUAACUGAAGAGCAAGAUUCGCUGCAGAGCCGAGUUCGCGGUGUGGCGGCUGGUGGUUUCAUGAUUCUGUGCUCUUUUUGUCACUUUCUACCGAUCAACGUUUCUUUACGUAUAUCCGAGAAGGAAGCAGAAAAGUUCCCCUCUAGGAAGAGAAAGGAGAGGAAUCGCCUGGUCGGAGACAGGAAGAAACCAUGGUGAUCACUACCACGAUGCUCGUCCGAGAUGGCGACCAAUCUCUCAGCUCGACUUUUGCUUCCCGCUAUGUCCGUUCCGCUCUCCCAAGGUUCAAGAUGCCGGAGAGUCCGAUACCGAAGGAGGCGGCAUACCAGAUAAUAAACGACGAGCUGAUGCUGGACGGAAACCCCAGGCUGAACCUGGCGUCGUUCGUCACCACCUGGAUGGAGCCGGAGUGCGACCGCCUCAUCAUGUCCUCCAUCAACAAGAACUACGUUGACAUGGAUGACUACCCCGUCACCACCGAGCUCCAGAACCGGUGCGUGAACAUGAUCGCGCACCUCUUCCACUCGCCGUUGGGAGAGGCGGACGCGGCGGUGGGAGUGGGGACGGUGGGGUCGUCGGAGGCCAUCAUGCUGGCCGGCCUGGCGUUCAAAAGGAAGUGGCAGAACAGGAGGAAAGCGGAGGGGAAGCCCACCGACCGCCCCAACAUCGUCGCCGGCGCCAACGCGCAGGUGUGCUGGGAGAAGUUCGCCCGCUACUUCGAGGUGGAGAUGAAGGAGGUGAAGCUGAGUGAAGGCUACUACGUCAUGGAACCCCACAAGGCCGUCGAGAUGGUGGACGAGAACACCAUCUGCGUCGCCGUCAUGUUCGGCUCCACCCUCAACGGCGAGUUCGAGGACGUCAAGCUCCUCAACGACCUACUUGCCGAGAAGAACAGGCAAACAGGGUGGGACACUCCCAUUCAUGUGGACGCAGCUAGCGGUGGCUUCAUCGCUCCUUUCAUCUACCCAGAGUUGGAAUGGGAUUUCAGGCUGCCUCUAGUGAGGAGCAUCAAUGUCAGUGGGCACAAGUAUGGACUCGUCUACGCUGGUGUGGGCUGGGUGGUAUGGAGGAGCCAAGCUGACCUGCCUGAUGAGCUCAUAUUCCAUAUUAACUAUCUGGGUUCAGACCAGCCCACCUUCACUCUGAAUUUCUCCAAGGGUUCGAGCCAGAUCAUUGCCCAGUAUUACCAACUCAUUCGCCUCGGGUUCGAGGGCUACAAGAACAUCAUGGAGAACUGCACGGCGAACACCAAAUCUCUGAGAGAAGCGAUCGAGAAGAUGGGCCGGUUUGAGAUCCUUUCCAAAGAAGCCGGAGUUCCACUCGUAGCUUUCGCUCUCAAGGACAACAGCAAGUAUAACGUCUUCGACAUAUCACACAGCCUUCGGCGAUACGGGUGGACGGUGCCGGCCUACACGAUGCCGGAAAGCGUCAAGGACAUCGCCCUCCUCCGUGUUGUCAUCAGGGAGGAUUUCAGCCGGAGCUUGGCAGAGAAAUUAGUAUCUGAUUUGGAGAAAGUGCUGAAGGAAUUGGACUCUCUUUCAGCGGCUGCUGUGGCUCCACCUGCCGACACCACACAGGGCAACGGCAAAGGUGAGAUGAAGAAGAGUGUAGGGAAGGCCUGGGAAAAAGACAGCAAGAACUCGAAGAGGGUCGUUCCUGCGAGGAGGACCAGUGGACCAUGCUAACUGUGGAGCAACUGCAGCACCCUUUUGUUCUUCUUUUACCUCUUUCCAAUUUGUUUAAUGUACAGUGACUAGACUCUCUUCAGUACACGUACAUGGCAAGAAUGUACAGAAACCAGGCGGUCAUGUACUUGACAUGAAUGGUGGAGGUGAACGCCUCCUUUUUGGCUCGCGGCAAUGACUGUACAAGUUUUUGGAUGCAUAGGUCAUCUCUAGGCUUGUGGAAGUAGAUCUUGUUAUUUAGUGGUACGAGUGGGCAAAGAAGGAUCUGUCUUUUACACACAUGUUGAGACUUGCCAUCAUCUUCAUUUUACGUGACUUGCUUUUAAUUUCUUGUGGUAUCUACUUUGCUUGCCGGCUGUUGAGCAAGACGCAGAAAUAUUGGUCAUCUUUAAUUGAUUUGGAAAUGAAAGAGUGUGCCACCU